AUGCAGGGCCUCGCCGACGACGAGGGCAGUCUCGCCACCGCGCCCAGCAGCCCUACGCGGCCUCGCCACAUCUGCUCCGGCCGAGACGGUGACCACGACGAAGACGGUGCAGCAGGCAUCCACUACUUCUUCAGCUGCCCGGCCAGCCCCGUGCACUACAUCCUCCGCUCGCCGCCAGCGUCCUGCGCGUCGGUCCACUACGCUCCCUCCACCGACGGGGACUUCUGCACGGCCGCCGGCGACUUCGAGUUCGCCGCGCGCGACCGCGGCGUCGGCGGCGCUGCCGCCGGCGCCACCAUGUGCUCCGCCGAGGAGCUCUUCGUCUCCGGCCGCAUCCGCGUCGGCUGCCUCUCCCCCAUCCUCCAAGAAGCCGAUCGCGGGGAGCAGAUGGAGGAGGGCGGCGUCGACGGCCGGUCACCACGGCAUCGCCGGGCCAGGUCGGCAUCGCCGCCCCGGAGCCCCCGGCUCGACAAGAACGCGCCGCCUUCCGGCUCCUUCGCGUCAGAUUCGUCUUCGUCCUCCUCCUCGUCAUCUUCCAAGACCAUCCGGCGGAGGAUAUCGCUCCGGGACCUCCUCGGCCGCACCUGCAGCGACCCCUCGGUGAGGCCGCCGCCGCCUAUCACCACCGGUGCCGAGAGGUCAGGCUCCUGGCUGCCGUCCAUAUGGCCGUCGCGGGCAAGGAAAGCCCUUCCCUGCCCAGCGCCGCUGCCUGCGCGCCGAUCCACGUCGUCGGUCAAGAAGGCGCCGGGCGGUGCGGGGUAUCAGGAUGCGCCGCCGCGGCGCACGACGUCUCUGCCGUACCGGCAGGGCUUGGUUCUUGGAUGCCUCGGCCUAGGAGCACGGAGCUACGGGCUCGCUAAGUCCAUGCACCCCCUCUCCACCCGGUGA